AUGACAUCGAUUAACAUUAGUUCAAGUAAUUCGAUAUUAAGAUCAUUCACUCACUAUCUAUCAAAAUCAAAUCAUACUCAGCAUAGGCUACCAAUCAACUUCAAUCGAUCAACUUCAUCUUCAUCUCAUUCAAUCUCAUCUCAAUCAAAUCAAAACCAAUCAAAAUCACAUUCAAUCAAACCAACUGAAGCUGAAGUUGAUAUCUCUCUCUUUUCUCAUCUUUUGGAUCCUCAUCCAUCCGAAUCAGGUCCAUAUCAUCAAAUCUUCUUUGGUUCGAAACCACCAUUCGAACCUUUACCAGAUGAAGUAGUAAGACAAUCACUUGGAAAAGGUGGAAAUGAGAUGAUCAUCGAAUCAUUACCUCCCAACUCAUUAACCGAUCGUGACAUCAAAUCACUACACAAAUAUCCUUUGGUUGUCAAACGAGUGGUUAAUCAAACCGGGAAAGGAAAGAUUCCUAGUAUGUAUACUUUAGUGGUUGUUGGAAAUGGGAAUGGAUUGGUGGGGUAUGGUGAAGGAAAGAGUGAAACGAUUGGUGGAGCUUCGACAAAAGCUCUUAGAAAUGCUAUUAGGAAUUUAUCACCUGUGAACCUUUUUGAAGGACGUACGAUUCAUACGGAACUUCGAUCAAAGUUUCAUGCUACUGAAAUCGUCAUGAGACCUAGACCAGCUGGCUUUGGGUUACGUGUCAAUCCAUUUGUUCAUCAAGUGGCUAAAGCUGCAGGGAUUUCGGAUCUAAGUGCUAAAGUCACUCGAAGUAAUAAUCCGAUGAAUGUCAUCAAACUCACCUUGAUGAUGUUACAGAGUGGAAGUGCUCCGAUUGGUAUGGGAGAUGGAUUUGGAGGAAAAGGUAGACGGCUUGAAAAGGGGAUCGGGAUGCGUACUGGAGAUGGUCAGUGA